GUGUAGUGGAGAGUCUCGAUCGCGUCGGAUCUAACAAGCGGUAAAUUUUCGCGAAGCGCGCGCAGUAUCAAUCAAUCGACGACAGUCUCGCAAUCGACCUCGUGGUGGUUGGACCGGUUUUCACGCUAAUAAUUCGAGGUGUUUUACGACGAAGGUGUGAUUGCUCAACUAAACAGCAGUGUGUAUUACCAGUGCAAUAGGAACAAUAGCUGCCCACCGUGCACAAGGAAGGAGAAGACCUCAAAAAAUGACAAACCUUCCAACGAUUGUGCUACUCCUGGUGGCACUGGCUGCCCCCACCGUCCACGGUCAAUGCUUGGCCGAGGACGACAACGUUCAGCACACCAAAGCGGACAAUCCACUGUCCCGGAAUCGACUGUACAAGGGUGAAUCCAUCUUCACCCUGAAGCUACUGGAGGCCAUCAACGCGGCGACUCCAACGGAAAAUGUCUUCUUCUCGCCGUACAGCCUGUACCACGUGCUGCUGUUGGCCUUCUUCGGAGCACGAGCCGAAACGGAGAAACUCCUCCGGACCGGGCUCGAACUGCACUGGACCGAGGAUAAACCCGUCGUCUGGCAGGCGUACAACAUUGGCAAGAAGUCGCUAGCCGCACGAUUCGGCCAGAACAGCGACAUCCAGUUCACUUCGGUCGAUAAACUGUUUUUCGGAAAGCAGGUCGCCGUCCGGGAAUGCAUGGAAGAGAAAUUCUUCGAGGAAAUCGAAAAGCUCGACUUUGAGCAAGACUCCGACGGUUCGCGGCAGUACAUCAACAACUGGGUCGAGAAUGUGACCUAUGGCGAGAUCAAGGACCUGCUGAUUCCUGGAUCGAUCACCAAGCAGACUAAGCUGGCUAUUGCCAAUGCUGCCUACUUCAAGGGAACCUGGCAGAGCGAAUUCAAGUCGGAGCAAACUCAAAAGGAAAUCUUCUACGUAUCCAGCGAACGACAGGAGUUCGUCGACAUGAUGCAUGUCCUGGGAACCUUCAGCCACGCUGCCAACGAGAAACUCGGCUGUCACAUCCUCGAAAUGCCAUACAAGGGUCAAGACGAAUCCAACCGCGUGUCGAUGUUCGUCUUUUUGCCUCCGGCCGUCCCCAACUCGUUGGAACAACUGCUGGCUCGGCUCACCUCCGACACCGGCAUUCUGAGUGAGAUCGUCAACGAAGGCAUCCCCCGUAUGGUGGACGUCAAGCUACCCAAGUUCAACAUCGAGAAGGUCGUCGAACUGAAGCCAGUUCUGGAACGGCUAGGAAUGGGCAAGAUAUUCGAUAACGCUGCCAAUUUCUCCGGCUUCUCCGACAAGGAAAACAUUGGAUUCGACGAAAUCCUCCAAAAGUCCAAGAUCGAAGUCAACGAGAAGGGAUCGACGGCCGCUUCCGGUACGGUUCUGUUCAGCUUCCGAUCGUCACGACCAGUCGAACCAGCCAUGUUCCAUUGUAAUCAUCCGUUCGUGUUCCUCAUCUACGACUACGGCACCCAAGCGGUACUAUUCAACGGGGUCUACCGUCAGCCGGAGUAGACUUUGCGCAAUAUGUGAUACUGUGAGCGGCGUUCCUAGGUGAUAAGGAGUUUUAUAUUUUAUUCAACACACACAAGCAGUAGAAAACAUUUUUCAACAAGAAGAUCCCGGACUGUGAAGGGGAACCGUGCUAACCAAACCGCUUUUGUUUUAUUUAUUAAAGAACAAAGAAGAGACGAAGUGUCUGGAACAGAAGAGGAUGUGAACCCAAAAA